AUGGCAAGUGCUACCAAAAUCACAAUCUCACUAAUCCUAUUAUCACUAGUUUUAGUUUUACUUGUAAGUUAUAUAUCUCCCAAUAAUCAUAUUCGUAAUCUUACUUCUACUGUCACCAAUUUGCCAUUAACAUCAACUUCCAGACUUGCGCAACAUGAAGACUACGUACCUAACAAGAGAAACGAAAUUAGAUUGUUAAUUGAGGAACAACUAGCUAAUGCAAGAGGAAAAAUUCGCAAAGCUAUUGUUGAGAAGAGGUUGGCGUCAAAUGAGACCUUCGUUUCAGAAAAAACGGUGUACAACAAUCCGUUCGCCUUUCUUCAGAGUUAUAACGAGAUGAUGAAGACAUUCAAGAUAUGGGUAUACAAGGAAGGAGAUGCCCCAUUAGCACAUAACGGUCCGAUGAAAUGCAUAUACAGCAUCGAGGGUGACUUCAUCCAAGAACUGGAGAGGAAAGCGCACCCUGUGUUGGCUAAGCAUCCGGACGAAGCACAUGCCUUCUUUAUCCCGAUAAGUGUCACAAACAUUGUUCAAUACCUCUACACUCCUUCCAAAACCUUUGAUUUUUUACCACGUAUGCAAGCAAUAGUCGAAGACUACAUUGGCGUCAUUGCUGAAAGGUACCCUUAUUGGAACCGUAGCAAUGGAGCCGAUCAUUUCUAUGUUGCUUGUCAUGAUUGGGGGCCAUUUGUUUCACAAGGAAAUCCUAAGCUGUUUGAAAACCUCAUAAGAGUGCUAUGCAAUGCCAACACAUCCGAAGGUUUCAAACCAAGGCGGGAUGUGUCAAUUGCAGGGAUAUAUGGACCGGGUGACAAUAUCCCACUUGUAAGUCGUGGCCAAUCACCAUACAGUCGUUCAAUCUUGGCCUUCUUUGCAGGUGGAAACCAUGGUUUCGUACGCAAUAGAUUGUUCCAAUAUUGGGGAAACAAAGAAGACAAUGAUAUACAAGUGCACUCUUACCUUCCCAAAGGCCAAAACUACACCGAGUUAUUAAGCCAAAGUAAGUAUUGUUUAUGUCCAAGCGGUUAUGAAGUGGGAAGCGCUAGGUUAACAGAAGCAAUCCAUAUGGGAUGCGUCCCUGUGGUAAUCAAGAAUAAUUAUGUUCUACCACAUCAUGAUGUGUUGGAUUGGAGUCAGUUUUCCGUUCAAGUCGCAGUAAGCAAGAUUCCGGAUUUGAAAAGGAUUUUGGAGGAGAUACCUUUUUCAAAGUACAUGGAGAUGCAAAAUAAGGUCAUGGAAGUACAAAGACACUUCACGGUUAACAUUCCAGCUAAAAACUUAGAUGUAUUUCAUAUGAUUCUUCAUUCGGUAUGGCUAAGAAGGCUUAACGUUCAGUUACUAUUAAAUUCUUCAUGA